GGCAAUAUCCACUGGAAUUGCUAUAUCUCGUUAUUGUGUUUCUAUUUAAUGUUUUCCAGAUCCGUACAAUUUUUAUUUCCGGCCCAGUAGAAGACUUUUGGUCACAAUGUAGCAGUUAGCCACAUUAGCCGAGUUAGCACGGGCUGAAGUUGACCAAAGGUGUGUCAUGAGGGCCAAACUUACAGCUUCUUCAGGCGAGAAACAACACAACAACCCUCGGCUGUUUUAAUGUCAGUUGCCGCGUUGAACGUCCAUGAAGCCGGCGGGAAAUGAGACUUUCAUAUCGUGUAAAUAUUAGCACUCCCCCCACCCCGCAGAAGAGGAGGAAGCAGCAUCACCCACAAGAAGAGGAAUAGAAGUACAAUGUCACGAACAGAUGAGGUCAACAAGAUGACGGAGAACGUCUACAAGGGCAUUCUGGACCACUUCAACCCCAGCUUGAAGAAUUUUGUCACCAUGGGGAAACACUAUGAGAAAGCCCUCACAGGCGUGACGCUGGCGGCCAAGGGCUACUUCGACGCCCUGGUCAAGCUGGGAGAGCUGGCCAGCGACAGCCAAGGUUCCAAGGAGCUGGGAGACACCUUGUUCCAGAUGGCCGAGGUCCACAGACAGAUCCAGGUGCAGCUGGAAGACGUGCUCAAGUUGUUUCAUUCGGAGCUGCUGGCCCAGCUGGAUCAGAAGCUGGAACUGGACAUCAAGUACCUGACAGCCACGUUAAAGAAGUACCAGACCGAGCGACGGUCCAAGUCCGAGUCCAUCGAGCGCUGCCAGGCCCAGCUGAAGAAGCUGCGCAGGAAGAGUUUGGGCAGCCGGCACCCCAACAAAUACGGAGACCGAGAGAUGCAGUUUGUGGAGCUGAUGAGUCGGCGCCAGGUGGAACUGGACACUCUGGUUGCUACGGGUUACAGGUCGGCGCUAACUGAGGAGCGCAGACGAUACUGCUUCCUGGUGGAGCGCCAGUGUUGUGUGAGCAAGAUGCUCAUCAACUACCACUGCAAGGUGAGAGAGCUCCUGGCGCAGAAAGUGUCGUCGUGGCAACAGUCCUGCACGCAGCCAACCAAACUGCCGGAGCGCGCGCUCAAUCUGAUGCGUCACACGGCGCCGCAAAGCUCCGGAGCCGCCGGGGUGGCCGAGCUCCUUCGCCACACCAAGCCAGAGCAGGUGACCGCCUCCUCCCGCAGUCACAAGAUGCAAUUUGAAGGGCAACUGCACUUAUUGGAGGAAGCACAACCUUCUCCUGUCCAGAGGCCGUCAGUUCCAGAAGUGCCGCCGCUGUUAAACGGCGGUCGCUCGCAGCCGCGCUCGCUCCCUUCCUCGUCCUCCCAGAGCGAGUCCCCGCCCACCUCGCAGGGCUUCUCCAGGGGCGGGUCUCCGCAGCUGGGCGUGUCCACCCAGGCCGCCUCCCCCUCCCUCCUCAUGGCGGCCAACACCAGCCACCUGUCGCCCAGCCUCAUCCCCUCCACCGUCAUGUCCGUCCAGCAGGUGUCGCCGUCCAGCAGCUGCUCGCAGGGCGUGACCCUCGCCAUCCCGCACAGCCCGCCGCUGACCCACAGCGCCCCCCUCUCCAGGGCCGUCACACCCGUGCACCAGGGGGCGGGGCCCGCAGGUAACAGCACGCCGCCCUGGCUGAUGAAGGCCGCCGACAUGUGCGGCACUUCCACCCUUCCUCUACCCAGGAAGCCCGGCGGCGACGUGAGGCUGGCUGGCUUUCCAGGCUCCAGGGUGCUAGCUGAGUCGGGGCCGCGGCGAGUGGCGGCCAUGUUUGCUCACGCCCCCGCGGCGUCGGAGGGAGGGAGCGUGGCCUCCCUGCUGCACUUCCUGGCCGGGGACAGCGUGACGCUGCUGAUCUCGGAGCCCAGGGACGGCUGGCACUACGGACGCAACGAGCGCACGGGCCGAAAAGGCUGGUUCCCUUUCUCCUACACUCAACACGCUGGGACGGAUCACCUGGACAGAGACCACUUCCUGUCCAAGGCCAACAGCACCAGCAUGAGUGGGCUGGACCAGCUGGUGUCUCCGCCCCUCGCUGCCGAGUCAGACGAGGACCGCCGCCUUCCUCCGCCCAGGGUCAGCACCUUCCGGCCACGCCCUUACAGCAUGGCCGACAGCCAGCAGAUCACUGCCCAGUUGGCCUCACCACCAUCCUCUCCCACCAGAGCCAACCCUUUUGCUCACGUGCGCCUCAGAAAGACUGUGACCAACGACCGCUCAGCCCCCAUCAUGGAGUGAUGGCUGCUUAUAUCGCAUGGAGUCACAGCACCCCUCUUCUACCAUGGCUGCUUAUAUCGCAUGGAGUCACAGCACCCCUCUUCUACCAUGGCUGCUUAUAUCGCAUGGAGUCACAGCACCCCUCUUCUACCAUGGCUGCUUGUAUCGCAUGGAGUCACAGCACCCCUCUUCUACCAUGGCUGCUUAUAUCGCAUGGAGUGACAGCACCCCUCUUCUACCAUGGCUG